AUAAUUUAUGAGAUGCUUAUAGAAUCCAAAUAACAUUUCUUUCUGCAAUUUGUCACUUGGGAUAGUCUUGGUUUUUUGUCUGAACACUUGGGAUGGUCUUGAGCUCAGCUGUAUUUGUGAAAUUUGGAAGCUUCAUGACCUCUGUAAUAGACAAGCACAAGCAUUGAGAAGUUAAAACUGGCUAUGAACAAAUUAAAUUCAAGAGUUUUGAAUUUUUCCCACAAGGCUAAUCAAUUCAAGCACAAAGAGUUAGCCCAUCUCAUCCACAGCAUUGUGGAUUCAACCCAGUCUAACUUCCAGGCGAAUUUACUUCUGAAUGAUUUGUCUAAGUCUGGUCGACUCGAUGAAGCCCGCCAGCUGUUCGAUAAAAUGCCGAGUAGGGAUGAGUUUUCUUGGAACACCAUGAUAGCUGCUUAUGCCAAUUCAGGAAGGCUAAAUGAAGCUAAACAACUAUUUGAUGCGACCCCAAGUAAAACCUCUAUCACUUGGUCUUCACUCAUAUCUGGGUAUUGUCGAAAUGAGUGUGAAAGUGAAGCUUUUGUAUUGUUUUGGCAAAUGCAGCUUGAGGGACAAAGGCCGAGCCAGUACACGUUGGGCAGUGUCCUAAGGUUGUGCUCAACGUUGGUUUUGCUCCGAAGUGGUGAACUUGUUCAUGGGUAUGUGAUAAAGACCCAGUUUCACACUAAUGCCUUUGUCGUCACGGGUCUGGUUGACAUGUAUGCAAAGUGCAAGCGCAUUUCGGAAGCUGAAUAUCUCUUUGAGACUCUGCCAGACAGAAAAAAUCACGUGCUGUGGACUGUUAUGCUUACAGGGUACUCUCAAAAUGGUGAUGGUUUUAAGGCAAUGAAGUGUUUUCGGGACAUGCGAGCUGAAGGGGUUGAAUCCAAUCAGUUUACAUUCCCUAGCAUAUUGACAGCUGCUGCCUCAAUUUUGGCGAAUAGUUUCGGGGCUCAGGUGCAUGGAUGCAUUGUUCAUAGUGGUUUUGGGGCAAAUGUGUUUGUCCAAAGUGCAUUGGUUGAUAUGUAUGUGAAAUGUGGAGAUCAUAAUAGCGCAAAGAAGGCACUAAAAAGCAUGGAGGUUGACGAUGUCGUUUCUUGGAACUCCAUGAUUGUUGGGUGUGUAAGGCAAGGGUUUACAGAAGAAGCUUUGUCCUUGUUUAAAGAAAUGCAUUCGAGAGAACUGAAGAUUGAUCACUUUACUUAUCCAUCUGUUCUAAACUCCCUUGCUGCACUGAAGGACAUGAAAAAUGCAAUGGCGAUUCAUUGCCUGAUUGUGAAGACUGGAUUUGAGGUUUAUCAACUUGUGGGCAACGCUCUUGUUGAUAUGUAUGCUAAACAGGGAAAUAUAGAUUGCGCACUUGAGGUGUUUAAGAAUAUGUCAGACAAGGAUGUUAUCUCAUGGACCUCCCUGGUAACCGGCUAUGCACAUAAUGGCUCUCAUGAAAAAGCACUUAGAUUGUUCUGUGAGAUGAGAACAGCAGGGAUCUAUCCAGACCAAUUCAUAAUUGCCAGCGUUUUGAUUGCCUGUGCAGAGCUGACAGUUUUGGAGUUUGGCCAGCAAAUUCAUGCAAACUUUAUUAAGUCCGGCCUUAAAGCAUCCUUAUCAGUAGAUAAUUCAUUUGUGACUAUGUAUGCAAAAUGUGGGUGCAUAGAAGACGCCAAUAGAGUUUUUGACUCUAUGCAAGUUCAAAAUGUGAUUACUUGGACAGCUUUAAUAGUUGGUUAUGCCCAGAACGGUAGAGGAAAGGAGUCCCUAAAAUUUUACGAUCAAAUGAUUGCAACUGGCACACAACCGGACUUCAUUACUUUUAUUGGCUUAUUAUUUGCUUGUAGCCAUGCUGGUCUUCUGGAAAAAGGUCAAUACUACUUCGAAUCGAUGAAUAGGGUUUAUGGAAUACAACCAGGUCCUGAGCACUAUGCAUGUAUGAUUGACCUCUUGGGGCGCUCAGGGAAGCUUAAGGAGGCUGAGGCAUUAGUUAAUCAAAUGGUUGUGGAACCAGAUGGAACUGUAUGGAAGGCACUACUUGCUGCAUGCAGAUUACAUGGGAACAUAGAACUGGGAGAGAGGGCAGCAACAAACCUAUUUAAAAUGGAGCCUUUAAAUGCUGUGCCUUAUGUUCAGUUAUCUAACAUGUAUUCUGCAGCUGCUAGAUGGGAAGAUGCUGCAAGAAUCAGAAGAUUGAUGAAAUCAAAGGGAAUUCUUAAGGAGCCUGGAUGCAGCUGGAUUGAGAUGAACAGUGUUGCAAGCCAUUCAAGGACAGCUGAAAUUUAUUCCAAAAUCGAUGAGAUCAUGAUGUUGAUCAAGGAAGCUGGAUACGUCGCAGAUAUGAAUUUCGCACUUCAUGACAUGGAAAAAGAGGGUAAGGAGCUUGGCCUAGCGUAUCACAGUGAGAAGUUGGCUGUUGCUUUUGGGCUCCUCACCACACCACCAGGAGCACCAAUCCGAAUUUUUAAGAAUCUCCGGGUUUGUGGAGAUUGCCAUAAUGCAAUGAAAUAUAUAUCAAAGGUUUUUCUCCGGCAUAUUAUACUAAGGGAUUCAAACUGUUUUCAUCAUUUCAAAGAAGGGAACUGUUCUUGUGACGACUAUUGGUAGAAGGUUCAUUAGUUAACAUCAAAUGGCUGGUUUGUCGUGCUCUUCUUGAAGACCGUCAAGUUGCACUUCAAAGAUGAAACUUGAAGCUGCUGAAACCCGGAUAAGCAAUAGGCCCCAAACCUAUGACAGUCAAGUGAACAGUGAUUUAAAUGUGUAUGUCGGCGUUCGAUUCAAAAUUCGCGUACCUUGAAAGUGACUGGCGGCUGCUAAUCUCAAAGCUUAAAGAACCCCAAUGUGACCUUCCUAGCAAGAUCAGGCUAUUUUGGAAGAGCAGGCUAUGAAGGUAAAUGCCCAGAAAAAUCAGUUGCGGCCCAGCUGCAGAGCUGCAAAUAGCCUUUGUUGAUCUCUAUUUUUGUGGUGCACUCAGGUAGGGGACGAAAAAUAUUUAUUUGUUUCACUCUAAAUUCAAUGACCUAUAAUAUAUAGAGGUAAUCUGGCACUAAAAUAUCUGUAUUAUUUCA